ACAUAUAUACGUCAACGUUCUAAGGUCUAACCUCUUUAAAGUCCUAAAGAUAAGUUUCAUUGGCAAAACUUAACUGAAAAGUGAAUUCUACUUUUUCAAGUAAUUUUAAAUAUAUAUAAGAAUCCACGAGGCUCAUCAUGCCGACUAUAUCAGUUAAACGUGAUAGUUUAUUCAAAGCUCUUGGACAAACUUACACUGAUGAGGAAUUUGAACAGCUAUGCUUUGAAUUUGGAUUGGAAUUAGAUGAAGUUACAACAGAAAAGCAGAUGUUGAUGAAAGAGCAAGGAGACCAGCAGGCUGCUGUAGGUGUCUCUGAAGAUAUUCUGUACCGUAUUGACAUUCCUGCAAAUAGAUAUGACUUAUUAUGUCUGGAAGGAUUAGUCAAUGGUAUACUAGUCUUUCAAGGAAAAAAAUCUCCACCACAAUAUAAGUUCAGGAAAUAUGAAGACUGUUACUCAUUGCAUUUGACACAUGCAACAGCAGAAAUAAGACCAUACGCUGUGGCUGCCAUCCUCAGAGGAAUUACAUUCACAAAGGAAAGUUAUGAUAGCUUCAUAGAUUUGCAGGAUAAAUUACAUCAAAACAUUUGUCGUAAGAGAACCCUAGUAGCGAUAGGGACCCACGAUCUCGACACCAUUCAGGGACCUUUCAUAUACGACGCGCUACCACCCAGUCAAAUCAAAUUCAAAGCUCUCAAUCAACAGAAAGAAACAACAGCAAUGGAACUUAUGGACUUAUAUUCUAGUCAUGCUCAACUGAAGCAAUACUUAGGCAUAAUAAAGGAUAGUUCUGUCUACCCAAUAAUCAAAGACAAGAACGGUGUUGUGUUGUCAAUGCCACCCAUCAUCAACAGUGAUCAUUCCAAGAUAACUUUAGACACCAAGAAUGUUUUCAUUGAGUGCACUGCAACUGAUCUCACAAAGGCUAUAGUAGUACUGGACACAAUAGUAUGCAUGUUCUCGGGGUACUGCAGCUCGCAGUAUGAGGUGCAGCAGUGCAAGGUGUUUGCACCCGAUGGCACCUACCAGCUGUACCCCAAGCUGGAGUACAGGGAGGAGGUCAUAAACAUUGACACCGCUAACAGAUAUAUUGGUAUCAAUGAGGAGGGGUCUAGUUUGGCUGGUCUCUUGUCGCGCAUGUGCCUGAGCACGAUGACGUCACAGUGCGAGCUGCGCGUGCGCGUGCCGCCCACACGACAUGACGUCAUACACGCAUGCGAUCUAUACGAGGAUAUCGCCAUCGCUUACGGUUACAACCGCAUAGAGCGUCGCGAGGCUGCGGUGGCGACUUGCGGUAGACAACAGCCCGUCAACAAGCUGACGGAGCAACUUCGCCAGGAGGCUGCGCACGCAGGAUAUACGGAAGUUCUCACCUUCACACUCUGUUCAAGAGAAGACGUGGCAAAUAAACUGGAUGUGAAGAUCGAGGAUGUCCCCGCAGUGCACAUCUCCAACCCCAAGACGCUGGAGUUCCAAGUGGUGCGCACAUUGCUGUUGCCCGGACUACUCAAGACGUUGGCAGCCAAUAAGAAGAUGCCCCUGCCGCUUAAAUUGUUUGAAAUCAGUGAUGUUGUACUCCAAGAUAAGAAUUCCGAAACGGGGGCACGUAACGAGAGGCGCGUGUGCGCAGUAUACUGCGGCAAGACGGCCGGCUUCCAGUACGUGCACGGUCUACUGGACACGCUCAUGGCGCUGCUGAGACAGCCCUGGAACAAGGAUAACGGAUACUACUUACGAAAAAAAGAUGAUCCGGCAUACUUCCCCGGCCGUUGCGCAGAAGUUGUACUUCGUGGUGAAGUGAUAGGGAAGAUCGGAGUCAUCCACCCCGCUGUGUUGACAUCCUUCGACCUCACCAACCCUUGCUCUGCCGUAGAGAUUAACAUCGAGCCGUUUGUUUAAACUUAUUAUUUAUAA